ACGAAGCGAAAAGAAAUCAAAAUCCACUUUUGGGUUGUGUGUUGUUUCAUCUUCCCUAAAUCGAGCUCACCUUUGCUGGUUUCCAUGGCGAUUCUCCAGCCCGAUCAAGCUUUUUCAACCGGUUACCAUAAAAGAAAGCUUGAUGGUAGAUGCUCUCUCGGUUCUCUUACACCUGAUGCUAAGCGGCUAAGGAUCUCUUCCAAUGUUACUGACUAUUCACAACCAUUUGCCAUCAGUAACAUUCUUAAAGCUUUGGAAAAUGGUAAGUUUGGGAGUGUUACCAAAGACUUGCAAGAAAUAGCUGAUCUCAGGAUGGGAAUGGUGAAGCAGUGUAUCUCCAAAUUCCCAUCGCUAGCGAAUGUCGAGUUUGGAGCAGACAAGAAUCAGACUAUGGAGCUUGUGAGUUUGGAAAACCCACAGGUUGUGGAAGGUGUCAUCGACUUGGAUGAUGAUGAUACUGAUGCUUCAAAUAAAGCUAUAUGCGUGGUUCCUUCGACUGAGAUUGUGGUUCUUGACUCUGAUGAUGAAGACAAUGAGAGUCAGAAGCCUACGUAUCCAUUUCAGUCAAGUCUUGUGCAGCAUCAGAAGAGUCAAAGGGAUCUGCUUCCAGCAACACCGCAGCUCGCGUUUGAGGAUGUCGUUUUGGGGAAGGGGAAGGAGUUGUCUUCUGCAAUUACGGUCAUUGGGGAGGGACAAACAAGCAGAGGCAUAGUCCUUCCCAUAGAAAAUGGAAUGGUAGAUUACCAAAGUGUCUCCGUGGGACAAACAAGCGGAGACAAAGUCCUCGCCAUAGAAGAUGGAAUGGUAUAUGACAAAAGUGUCACCGUGGGACAAACAAGGAGAGACAGAGUACUUUCCAUAGAAAAUGGUGUGGCUAGCGAUAAAGGUGUCUACGUGGGUGUUGAAGAUGAUGACAGUGGUAAUGAGUCUGAAGCAGCAGAUGAGGAUCUUGGUAGUAUCUGGAAUGAAAUGGCAAUGUCAAUAGUGUGUUCCAAGGAUGGUGCUUCACAUAAGGAACCAAAGGAAGAUGAAGUGGAAGACUGCGAGCACUCAUUUAUCCUAAUGGACGAUAUGGGAUAUGUCUGCCGUGUCUGCGGAGUUGUUGAUAAAAGCAUUUUAGAAAUCAUUGAUGUGCAGUUCAGUAAAAAGAAAAGAAGCACGAGAACAUAUGCCCCUGAAUCUCGGAAUAAAAGGUUUGGCGAAUCUGAUGUUGAACUUAAGCUAUCUGAAGAAGGGCUCAUGAUUGGUGGACUCUCUGCACAUCCAACGCAUGCUAACAAGAUGAAGCCUCAUCAAAUUGAGGGGUUCCAGUUCCUUUGCAGCAAUUUAGUGGCAGAUGAUCCUGGUGGUUGUAUCAUGGCUCAUGCUCCAGGUUCUGGCAAAACCUUUAUGAUCAUCAGUUUCAUGCAGAGCUUCCUUGCCAAGUUUCCUGAGGCUAAGCCACUGGUCGUGCUUCCAAAGGGAAUUCUUUCUACAUGGAAAAGAGAGUUCCUGAGAUGGCAAGUUGAGGACAUACCACUUCUGGAUUUCUAUAGUGCCAAAGCAGAAAACCGUGCACAGCAGCUGGCUAUCUUGAAACAGUGGGUUGAGAAGAAGAGUAUAUUGUUUCUUGGGUACAAGCAGUUCUCGACUAUUGUCUGUGAUGACACAAGUACCGACUCACGUUCUUGCCAGGAGAUACUGCUCAAAAGACCUUCGAUCCUUAUUUUGGAUGAAGGACACACUCCGAGGAAUGAGGACACAAAUGUACUGCAGUCCCUUGCCCAAGUCCAAACACCAAGAAAAGUUGUCCUCUCAGGAACGCUUUAUCAGAACCAUGUAAAGGAGGUUUUCAACAUUUUGAACCUCGUUCGACCCAAGUUUCUGAAACUGGAUACCUCCAAGUCUAUCGUUAAAAGGAUCUUGAGUCGUGCUCCUAUAUCCGAUGUCAGGUCUCAUCUGGGAAGCAGUUCAGAUGUGUCUUCGGCUUUCAAUGAGAUUGUGGAGCACACACUGCAGAAAUGCGAGGAUUUCCAGAAGAAAAUCAACGUGAUCCAAGAUUUACGAGAGAUGACAAAGAAGGUGCUGCAUUACUAUAAAGGAGAUUUCUUAGAUGAGCUGCCUGGGCUUGAUGAUUUCACUGUGGUUCUUAAUCUGUCUCCAAGGCAGUUGACUGAAGUGAAGAAGUUAAGGCGUGAGAAGAAAAAGUUUAAGGUUUCAGCUGUGGGAAGUGCAAUUUACCUUCAUCCAAAGCUGAAAGCUUUCUCUGACAAGGCUGAUGAUCUCUCCGAUACAACAAUGGAUGAAAUGCUAGAGAAGCUAGAUGUGGAUGAAGGCGUCAAAGCAAAGUUCUUUUUGAACUUGAUAGACCUGUGUGACUCUGCUGGUGAGAAGCUCUUGGUCUUCAGCCAGUAUCUCGUGCCACUGAAGUUUCUUGAAAGACUGGUUGCUAAAGCUAAAGGAUGGAAACUAGGAAAAGAAACUUUUGUUCUUACAGGCGAAUCCAGUUCUGAGCAACGUGAGUUGUCAAUGGAAAGGUUUAACAAUUCCCCAGACGCCAAAAUCUUCUUUGGUUCGAUAAGAGCAUGUGGAGAAGGUAUCUCGCUUGUUGGUGCAUCUCGCAUACUGAUACUGGAUGUUCCUCUAAACCCUUCUGUGACACGCCAAGCUAUCGGGCGUGCUUUUCGACCUGGACAAACAAAGAAGGUGCACGCGUAUAGAUUGAUUGCUGGGUCAUCACCUGAGGAAGAGGAUCACAACACUUGCUUCAAAAAGGAAGUCAUCUCAAAGAUGUGGUUCGAGUGGAACGAGUACUGUGGAUACAAGAACUUUGAGGUGGAGACAAUCGAUGUGGAUGAAGCUGGUGAUAUGUUCCUUGAAAGCCCUAGGUUAAGAGAAGACAUAAGAGUUCUCUACAAAAGGUAAACGCAGACAUUAUGCUGAUGGAAGCUUGACUCUUCUUCUUUUGGACAUGCUUAGGUUUUAGAAACCUGUCAUUAAGAUAACUUCGGGUAGGAUCCUUUUGAACUUUGUGAAAGAUGGUUAAAUCAGUAACAAAUUGUAUCAAGUCUUAAAUUGUGUUGCAUCA